ACCGCUUCUGACGGCCGUGUCAGAACGGCCGACGUCCUCACGAUCGCAUUCCUAAAUCACUACCCUCAAUGAACGAACGUUGGAGCACCGCGGUCUGAUCACUGUCUGCCCAGCAACGAAUAACACGCGCGACAUUUGAUUUUAUCCCCUCGAUUGGGAGCACUUUGACAUUAGGUUUCGCACUGUCCUGUGCCCCCGGAAUGCAAACGGUUAUCGGCCUUCAUUUCAGAUGCAUGACAGACCGUAUCUCCGAGGACGCGAGGGUGACGAGCUGUCUGCUUUGGGAAAGGCACGAAUCGAAACGUGCAUACGGGCUCUGUCACGGUGCUUGUGCUUUGGCGGGUAUGGCGGUACUGAAACUCCUCCACUACCACCACCACCAACACGGUCAUCAAGAGGGAGCAUGGUCAAGAAGGAGAGAGGUCGGGCGUGUGGCAGUGGCUGUAGUGUGUUCUUGGGUAGGCGUGCGACAGAGAAGCUGCGAAGAUUCAGAGAGGAAAAUUCGAUAAAUUUCCGAAAAAGUCGGACGAAGUUGACGAAUCGUAGGGGAUACUGAUUAGAUGUAAUAUCUACAACGGAAGCGAUGAAUUGCGUGCCAGGGCGGAUCUGUCGGCUUUACUGGUGGAAGAGAAGCUGCCAUUUCGAGCCUGACUUGCGACGUCUCACGGCAGGGGAAGAGCUAAACGUCGUAUGAAAAAAAGACCGAA